UGGCAAAAGAAGUUCCAAACGUUGAGAACAGUGGCGGCGGACCCAUUAGGCUAGGGGAGACCUAAGCCUCCCCUAGAAAAGGAAGAGGAAGGCUUGGGGAGGCUCAAAUAUUUUAGAAAAUAUCAUAGAUCUCAUCUUUAAUUUACAUAUGGUGACCAAAAAAGAUUUUGAGCCUCCCCUAGACUGCAAUCGUUCCGCCGCCACUGGUUGAGAAUGUUUGGAGACGAACAGAAAACAAAAGAGCACCCAUUAUAUGCGAACCACCCGAUAGUAUUUGAGACCAAUUAGUCCUUCAAACUUUGCGCUCGCGCGACAUUAGUACCAAUACAUCGAACUUUUAUUUCUUUCUCUAAACAAUUGCCUCAACCAUUUAAUUUCAUCCUAUGAGACCUAUGACUUACCUAUUUAUCUUUUACGCAAAGUAGGAAAUAAUAAGUUUAUACAGCACUAUUCUAGACGUCGAAAGCACAAAGUGAAUCAUUCUAUCGAACAUUACUUGUCGUUUUCUUCAUCACUAACAUUGAUUUCUGUUUGUCUCCAUUCAGUUCCUAUCGUAUUUUUUUUCUAAAUGAAAGAGGAUAAACAAAAAUUAUUUUAAUUCUUAAGAAGAAAUCUCGGUCAUACUUCUGUUGGAAUUAUUGAUGAGUUGGAAGUUCUUGGUUCUCCGAAAAGCCUAGAGAAAAAUAAAACUAUUAUUCUAUACGGAAUCUUUCUAAAGUAAAUUGUUUGAAAUUAGUUUUUCUGUUGCUUCAUCUCUUGAGAGUUUGAAAGAAUGCAAUAUCAAUCAUCCAGAAACACGUUCAGCGAACCAGUAAUCGAAAAAUAGCACGAAAAAGUGGGGUUAAUAUAGACUAAAGUAAAAUAAAUGAGAAAGCAACAAAUUACGAUGAAUAUGGCGGCAGCGACGUGGAUGAUAAUGAUCGUAUUAGUACUGGUGCAGAUGGAUAUUCCGGUGUUGGUGGAUGA